CUCGGCUCACUGCAAGCUCCGCCUGCCGGGUUCACGCCAUUCUCCUGCCUCAGCCUCUCCGAGUAGCUGGGACUACAGGCGCCCGCCACCACGCCCGGCUAAUUUUUUGUAUUUUUUAGUAGAGACGGGGUUUCACCGUGGUCUCGAUCUCCUGACCUUGUGAUCCACCCGCCUCGGCCUCCCAAAGUGCUGGGAUUACAAGCGUGAGCCACCGCGCCCGGCCGUGAAUGGUUUAAUCUUCUAUGCAGACCACUAAAACUUCCUCUAUAUCAGCAAUAAGCCUUUUUUGUUUUCUUAGCAUUUGUGUGUUCACUGGAGGAGCGCCUUUAAUUUCCUUCAAGAGCAUUUCCCUUGCAUUCACAACUUGACUAAUGGCUUGGCACAAGAGACUUAGCUUUUGGCUGCUCUUGGCUUUUUCUAUACCUUCCUCACCAAGCUUAAUCAUUUCUAGCUUUUAAAAAAAUUGUUGGCCAGGCGUGGUGGUUUACGCCUGUAAUCCCAGCACUUCGGGAGGCUGAGGUGGGCAGAUCACGAGGUCAGGAGACUGAGACCAUCCUGGCUAACAUGGUGAAACCCUGUCUGUACUAAAAAUACAAAAAAAAAAAUUAGCCAGGCGUGGUGGCGGUCGCCCAUAGUCCCAGCUACUUGGGAGGCUGAGGCAGGAGAAUGACGUGAACAUGGGAGGUGGAGCUUGCAGUGAGUCGAGAUCAUGCCACUGCACUCCAGCCUGGGUGACAGAGCGAGACUCCGUCUCAAAAAAAAGAAAUCGUUAACAAUUUUUGUAGACAGGAUAUUACUAUGUUGUUCAGGCUGGUCUCAAACUUCUGGACUCAAGUGACCCUCCUGCCUCUGACUCCCAAAGUGCUGGGAUUAUAGGCAUGAGCUACCACACCUGGCUUAGCUUUUGAUUUAAAGUGAGAGAUGUGUGACUUUUCCUUUCACUUGAACACUUAGAGGCCAUUAUAGAGUUAUUAAUUGGCCUAAUUUCAAUAUUAUUUUAUCUCAGGGAAUAGAAAGGCCCAAGGAGAGAGAAAGAGAUGGCAGAAUGGCCAGUAGAUGAAGCAGUCAGAACACACACAACAUUGAUUAGGUUGUCUGUCUUAUAUGUGCAUGGUCUGUGGUACUCCAAAACAAUCACAAUAAUAACAUCCAUAAUUGCUGACCAGAGAUCACCGUAACAGAUAUAAUAAUAAUGAAGAACUUUGAAAUAUGGUGAGAAUUACCCAAAUGUGACCCAGAGACAUCAAGCAAGCACAUGCUGUUGGAAUAAUGGUACCGAUAGCCUUGCUCAAUGCAGGUUGCCACGAACCUUCAAUUUGUAAAAAUGCAUUAUCUGCUAAGUGUAAUAAAGUGAAGCACAGUAAAUAAGGUAUGCCCAUAUAUAGAAAACUCUAAGGAGUCUACAAAAAAUUCUUAGAAUUAACAAGAAAUUCUUUACUGAAUUUGCAGGAUACAAAAAAACUUGCAGGAUACAAAAUCAACAUAUAAAAAUCAGUUGUGUUUCUAGACACUAACAAUAAUCUAUUCAAAAAGGAAAUUAAGAAAACAAUUCCAUUUACAGUAACAUCAAAAAGAAUAAAAUACUUAUGAAUAAACUUAACCAAGGAAAUAAAAGACGUAGACAUGGACAACUACAAAACAUUGGUGAAAGAAACUUUGAAAGACACAUAAAUGGAAAGACAUCCUGUAUUUGUGGAUUGGAAGAAUUACUAUUGUUAAAAUAUCUAUCUUAGUCUAUUUUGUGCUGCUAUAACAGAAUACCAUAGACUUGGUCAUUUAUAAUGAACAGGUAUUUGUUGUCUUGCAGUUCUGGAAAAUGGAAAGUCCAGUAUCCAAGUUUCAGCAUCUGGAUAGGCCCUUUUUGCUAUAUCAUUACAUGAUGCAAGGCAUCACAUGACAAAAGGGCAAAGAGAGAGAGAGAAGAGCAAAAGGAAGGCAACCGCACUUUCUUGAUAGAUAAAGGCAUUAGUCCAUUCAUGAGGGCAUAGCUCUCAUGACUUAACCACCUCUUUAAAGUCCCACCUCUCAAUACUGUCACAAUGGCAAUUAAAUUUCAACAUGGGUUUUGAAGAGGACAAAGAUUCAAAGCAUAGCAAUGUUCAUACUUCCAGUAGUGCCCUAUGGAUACAGUGCAAUCACUACCAAAAUCCCAAUAGCAUUCUUUUUUACAGAAAAAAUCCUGAAAUUCAUUUGGAACCACAAAAGACUCAAAUAACCAAGGAAAAUUUGAGCCAGACUAACAAAGCUGGAAGUAUCACACUCCCUAAUUUCAAAAUAUAUUACAAAGCUACAUUAAUCAAAACAGUAUAUGACUAGCAUAAAAACAGACAUCUAGACUAAUGGAACAGAAUUGAGAGCUCAGAAAUAAACCCACAAUGAUGAAAAGAUAGUCUCUUCAAUAACUAGUGUUGGAAAAAUUGGAUAGCCACAUGAAUGAAACUGGACCCUUAUGUUACACUACAUGCAAACAUUAACUCAAAAUGGAUUAAAGACUUAAACAUAAAACCUGAAGCAAUAAAACAUUUAGAAGAAAACAUAGGAGAAAACAUUCUAGACAUUGUACUGGCUAAUGAUUUAUUGGGUAUGACACUAAAUUGGGAUUACACCAAGUGGGAUUACAGCAAACUAAAAACCUCCUGCAUUGGCCAGGUGCGGUGGCUCACGCCUGUAAUCCCAGCACUUUGGAAGUCUGAGGCGGGUGGAUCACGAGGUCACGAGUUCGAGACCAGCUUGACCAACAUGGUGAAACCUCAUCUCUACUGAAAAUACAAAAAUUAGCUGGGUGUGGUGGCAUGCACCUGUAAUCCCAGCUACUCAGGUGGCUGAGGCAGAAGAAUCGCUUCAAACCGGAGGCAGAUGUUGCAGUGAGCCGAGAUCAUCAUGCCACUGCACUCCAGCCUGGGCAACAGAGUGAGACUCCGUAAAAACAACAACAACAACAACAACAACAACAACAAAAAACACUCCUGCGCAGCAAGAAACAACAAAAUAAAAAGAUAAAAAAGCAACCAACGGAAUUGGAGAAAAUAUUUUCAGACCAUAUAUCUACUAAGAGGUUAAUAUCCAGAGGGUUAAUAUCCACCUGACAAAGGAAUUCCUACACAUCAAUGGCAAAAAACAAAUAACCCAAUUAAAAUUGGGUGAAGCAUCUGCAUAGUCGUUUUUCCAAAGACGACAUACAAAUGGCCAACAGAUGCACGUUCGCAACCCGCGAAGCAUUAGAAAGACACUGGUGGAAGACGUAGCUCGCGGGCGCCCUUUGCAGAAGAUGCUGGGAAAUGUAGUUCCUGUCGGCCGCGUGCGCAGGCGUACUUCCUGGCUUGGGAACCACAUCGCCCGACCGUGCUCUUUAUUUUAACGUGGAGCAGCUCUGCUUUCUCAGGUCUCUACUGACUUAUAUAAGAUGGUAUCAAGAAGGACCUGACCACUGGCCCCUGACUACCUGUCUUUGGAACCGGUGGCAUUGGAAGAUGUCAGACAUGGCACAUGGAUGUGAUCUUCAAAAACUGUUACAGCCUCAUCUCAUUGGAGGAAAGAGAUAACAUCUUCUACUUAAUCCUGGAUACUAUAUCCAAAGUCAGAGCAUCCACUCCAAAACAGAGAAUUUCUGAAAAACAAAAUAAUGUCAUCAUAUGAUGUUAGAAUUUUUUUUUCAAAUGAUGGUUCCUAAUACUUCACAUUAGAAGAACUCGAAUUUGAUGACCAGUUUGAGAAACACCAGUAUAACCAGAUUACAAGAAAAAGCAAGUCAAAAGGAAGAUCAUGAAUAUAACAACUUAAAGGAAACAUUUAAUCAAAGACCAAAGCUUUUUAAACCACUGAGAGUUUUUAUAAGAAAAAGACCUCAUACACUAGUCCUCACUUAUUCAUGGGGGAUACAUUUCAAGACCCCCAGAGAAUGCCUGAAAUCUCUGAUGUACCAAACCCUAACCAGGUUCUUAGUAUGAGCCACUAAAUGACAAAUGGGUGGAUAGUACAUACAGUGUAGAUACACUGGACAAAGAAAUGAUUCACAGCCCAGGCAGGACAGAGCAGAUCGCACAAGAUUUCAUCACAAUACUCAGAAAACCACACCAUUUAAAAGUUAUGAAUUAUUUCUGGAAUUUUCAGUAUAAUAUUUUUGACCACAAUUGCCCAUGGAUAACUGAAACCAUGGAAAGUGGAACUGUGGAUAAGGCAGGACUACUGUAACUAUGACAUCAAUGGUAGGAACCUGAAGCAUAAUUCUGCUAUAGUGAAUUUUUUCAAAAGAAACUCAUGAAUGAAAAAUAAUUUAUUAGAUAUAAGAAAGGAUGCAUUUGUAUCUCAAACUUAUUCUGGAAAUAAAUGAAAAGCCAACACCUAUUAUAUACCCACAAAAAUGAAAAAAUAAAGCCAUAGUUCAGUACUGAUGGAAUCUGAAAAAAUUUAUAUGACAGCAAACCCAUACCUCUGUACUGAAUGUGGAAAAGGCUACACUUGUAUUGCAUCCCUGACCCAGCAUCAGAAAACACAUAUUGGAGAGAAACCUUAUGAAUGUAAAAUAUGUGGUAAGUCCUUUACCCGGAACACUAAUCUUAUUCAACAUCAAAGAAUACAUACUGGAGAGAAACCUUAUGAAUGUAAUGAAUGUGGGAAAGCUUUUAGUCAGAGCACUAAUCUUAUUCAGCAUCAAAGAGUCCAUACUGGGGAGAAACCUUAUGAGUGUAAUGAAUGUGAAAAAACCUUUAGUCAUAGGUCGUCCCUUAGAAAUCAUGAGAGAAUCCAUACUGGAGAAAAACCCUAUCCUUGUAAUGAAUGUGGGAAAGCUUUCAGCCAUAUCUCUGCCCUUACUCAACAUCAUAGAAUUCAUACUGGAAAGAAACCAUAUGAAUGUACUGAAUGUGGAAAAACCUUCAGCCGCAGCACACACCUAAUUGAACAUCAGGGAAUUCAUUCUGAGGAAAAAUCCUACCAGUGCAAGGAAUGUCGGAAAGUUUUUUGCCACAGUACAUCACUAAUUCGACAUCAGAGAACCCACACAGGAGAGAAACCAUAUGAAUGUAAUGAAUGUGGGAAAGCUUUCAGCCAUACCCCAGCCUUCAUUCAACAUCAAAGAAUUCAUACUGGAGAAAAACCUUAUGAGUGUACUGCAUGUGGAAAGGCCUUCAAUCGGAGUGCACAUCUUACUGAACACCAGAGAACUCAUACUGGAGAGAAGCCCUAUGUUUGUAAAGAAUGUGGAAAAACCUUCAGUCGAAGUACACACCUUACUGAACAUCUAAAAAUUCAUUCUGAUGUGAAACCCUAUCGAUGUAAUGAAUGUCAGAAACUGUUUUGCUAUAGAACCUCACUAAUUCGACAUCAGAGGAUGCAUACAGGAGAGAAACCCUACCAGUGUAAUGAAUGUGGGAAAUCCUUCAGCUUAAGCUCAGCUCUGACUAAACAUAAGCGAAUACAUACAAGGGAGAGACCCUAUCAAUGUAAUAAGUGUGGUGAUGUCUUUUGUCAUAGUACAUCCUUAAUUUGACAUCAGAAAACUCAUUUCAGAAAGGAAACCUUAGCAGAGUAAUGAGUAUGGGAAAGCCUGCAGUCAGUUGUAGGUUAUUGUUUACACCUGAGCACUCACAGUACAAGCAACCCUAGGAUUGUUAUGUGAGGAAAAUCUUCAGGCAAAACACUCAUUUACUUAAUAUGCUACUUGUACUGAGAAGAAAGACUAUGCUUAUAAUCUAAAAAAGGUGUUAUUGAAAGAGAAAGUUAUAAUGGAAGUGUUCAUCCAAAACUGAGGUUUGUUUUUUAAAGACAUAUUUAGAAAGUUAUUUUAAGAGAUAAUUUAUUAAAAUGUAUAUAUUUGCUUAUAAAAAAGCCUUUUGAAUUACACAGAAAUCUUAGUAGGAUAAUGAAAAUUGUUCACUCUAUAUAAUCCUUUUGUUUAUUAAGUCCUAUGUUAUAUUUCAGCAUUCAAGAAACACUUAGAGGGUUUGAAAAUAAAAUGGACAGAUUUCAUUAAUAGCCAUAGACAAAUAAUGUUUUCUCCCACAAAGAUACUAUGCAUUAUUUUCUAAGAUUUAUGUAAUUUUUUUUAAUGGACUAUAUAUAUGGUUACAAAGAAAAUUGCAAUAAAUUCUCAGAGGGAAAUACUCAGGCCCUCCCUAAUUUUUUUUCAGUGCAAUGCAGUAAAAAUAGAAAUGAAAACAACUAAAAGUAGCACCCUAACAUGAUUUAGAAAUUUAAAAUAAGUUUCUAAGUAAUUUUGGAGUAAAAGAAUAAAUCUGUACAGAAAAAAACAUGAUUAUUAGAAGACAAUAAAACUAGAACAAAAAUUAUAUAUUGAAUUCAGAAAGGAAAAAGAAUAUAAACCCAAAGAAAAUAAAUGCUUUAAUAAAGAUAAAACCACACCUCAAUGAAAUAGUUACAAAAGGUAGAUUUCAUAAGGCAAUAGCCAAACUUCUAGCAAGUAGGAAUGAUGGGAAAAGGACAAAAAAUCCAAGAGUAAGAAAAUGAUUGAUUAUAAAUAUAUAUGGAAGGAAACUUAAAAUACUUGAAGUCAGUCAUUAAGAAAUCUAGCAGUUUGGUAAAGUCAGUACUAAGGUUUAUUUUAGAACUUCUAGACUAUUUCAAAAAUAGAAAUCUUCAUUAAUAAAGAAAAACCUAUCUUAAUAGAUGCUGUAAAAAUCAUUUAAUAAAAUUCUAUAUACAUUGGUGACUUUUUUUUAAAGUUAGAAAGAAAAUCCCUUAUAUUGUAUAUUGAUGAUGAACAUGUAUUAGUGUGUGUUCUCCAGACAGAAGAAAGAGAAGGAAUGGAGAGAGAGGGAGAGAAAGGAGGGAAGAGAGAAAGGAAGAUAGGAAGGAAAGGAGAGAGAGGGAAAGAAGGGAGAGAGGGAGAAAGGAAGGAAGGAAGGAGAUGUGCACGGACAUUAAUGGAUGAUAAGAAGCCCAAGAUCUGCAGUCAGCAAGCUGGAGACUCAGGAGAGCCAAUGGCAAAGCUCUAGUCUGAGUUUGAAGGCCUGAGUCUUCUGAAGGGCAGGAAAACUGAAGGUGUAAGUAAGUUCCAGUCCGAGUCUGCAGGCAGGCAGAAGACUAAUGUCCCAGCUUGAAGACAGGCAGGGAGAGAAGUCUCUUACUCAGCCUUUUAUUCUGUUUGGGCCUACAAUGGAUUGGAUGAGGUCUAUAGCCACAUUGACUAGGGAAAUCUGUUUUACUUAGUCUACUGGUUCAAAUGUUAACCCCUUCUUUGAAACACAUUGCCCAGGCUGAGUGCAGUGGUGUGAUCUCAGCUUACUGCAAGCUCCACCUCCUGGGUUCUUGCCAUUCUCCUGCCUCAGCCUCCCAAGUAGCUGGGAUCACAGGUGUGUGCCACCAUGCCUGGCUAAUUUUUGUAUUUUUAGUAGAGACAGAGUUUCACCAUGUUGGCCAGGCUGGUCUUGAAUGCCUGACCUCAGGUGAUCCACCUGCCUUGGCCUCCCAAAGUGCUGGGAUUACAGACGUGAGCCACUGCGCCUGGCCUGCUAUUGAUUUUUAUAGGAUGAUCUCUCUAGCAACUUUGAUGAGAUUUAUUAGUUCUCAUAAAAUUAGUUCUAAUACUUUGUGGAUUCUGUUGGUUUUACAGGUAUGUGGUCAUAUUAUCUAGAAAUUAUAUCACUGUAUCUCUUCCAAUUUUUAUGUUUCAUGUUCUCUUUUUUCUGUCUUUUCCUUAUAACUUCGGCCAGAACCUCCAGGACUAAACACUGAAACUGUAUUUUCUAUCCCAGGGGUUAGAAAAUUAUGGCCCAUAGGCCAAAUCCAGCCCACCUGCCUGUUUUCAUAUAGCCCAUGAGCCAAGAACAUUUGCAAUUGAUGUGAUACUAGAAACACUAACUUUCAGCUCCAAUUAAGUAAACUGUUAUGCCAAAAAGAAUUCCCUUCUUCUCAUUAAAAGACCUGUAUUUCAAAAUCAUUGUAUGUAAUAUUAUGAGUUUCACCAAAGAAAAAGUAGAAAUGUGUUUUGCUGUUGUUAUAUAAAUACCUACAUAAUACCCUUGAUUGCCUCUUGGCCUUCAAAGCCUAAAAUAUUUUCUAUCUAGCCCUUUGGAGAAAAUUUUUGCUGAUCCCCCUUUCUAUCAGCCUUUACUCCAACAGUUUUUUUUUUGUUUGUUUUUUUUUUUUUGAGAUAGGGUCUCACUCUGUCACCCAAGCUGGAGUGCAGUGGUGCAAUCAUGGUUUCCUGCAGCCUCACCCUCCCAGGAUCAGGUGAUCCUCCCACCUCAGCCUCCCUAGUAGCUGGGACUACAGGCAUGCACCACCAUACCCAGCUAAUUUUUAUAUUUUAGUAGAGAUGGGGUUUCACCAUAUUGCCCAAGCCAGUCUCAAACUCCUGGGCUCAAGUGAUUCACCCACCUCGGCCUCACAAAAUACUGUGAUUACAAGUGUGAGCCCCCACACCUGGCCAUUCCAACUGUUAUUUACUGUAGUUUUGUGCCGCAUUUCCCCCCCAAAUAAACAUGUUUGUCAAAAUGAACCACUUAGAAUGCCUUUAAUAAAAUGGGCAUGAAAUUAUACAA